CUAUUGUAGCAACACAAAGGCCUGUGCAGCAGUGUUUACUGUGUGAUGAAAGGAUGAAUAUCUCUCCUGUACUCUCUAAUAAUCUACUCUACAUUGUAUAUGCACAUAUAUUAAUCAUGACCUUAAACUUCAGGAUAAUAGCCGACUGUAAAUAAUGUCUCCGUUCAACAGGACAGCAGAUUUUAUAGCAAGCUCUGCUCUUCAUCUGAAAGGAGUUCAUGUCAGAGGUUAAUGAGGUGCUCCUGUGAGAUUGCCCCCGGUGAACUCAUCUGUCACAGCGAGUGCUCAGGGAAAUGAACUGGUUAAUGAAAUGAGAGGAGGGAGAGGAUGUGACAAGUGAUCAGCAUUUAACAGUCGACUGGAUUGGGGAAAUGAGAACGGUGCUUUAGUGUUUAGGUUAGAGAAGAAAGCACAAAUUGUGUUUGGAAAUGUAGAAUAUGUCUGACGUCUGCACUAACACACAUAUAUGGAAAGAGUUUUCACUCAAUCUUGUUUUAUUUAUCAUCCCUUCCUCAAGUUAUCCCAGUCCUUAUUGAUUAUUUCUGGCCCAAAACUGACUCCAAACAUAUACAUUAACACCAGCUAAAAGGAACCACGCAUGCAUUCUGCCCUUUGACCGAUUUUUAUAUUGGUGUGAGAGUUAUAAAGAUGAGCAGCGGCUGUGUAGUGGCUGUUUUCAAGUUGACACCAUGGAGCCCAGGAUACUUCUACACACAUGUCUAACUUUGUUAAUCCUCGUAGCCAGCAGCUAUGGACGACACUCAAAACCAGGACCUGAGCUGAAGAUGGAUCAGGCUUUAAUAACAUUUCAUAACCAGCUGACAGAAGAAGUGCGGGUUCUUUACACAUCUGAUUACUGCUACAAGUGUUUGUAUCAGCCUUUGGUCUCUGUGAAGCCCAACAACAACAAUGCAUCUGUGGUGAUCAGCACUAAAUUCACUCUGACUCUGCGCGUGGACUCACAGACUGCGAAUGCGACUCUUUGCAGGUGGAGUCAGAUAUAUGAAGAGGGUGGUCAUUACUCUGUGAGGAUCCAGGCCAGCAGUAAUCCCAGCUGCACUCACAGCGUGGAUAAAACGCCACACAAUGCAUACCUGCCUCUUCUGGUGGCAGCUCUCUUACUGUCCAUAAUUGCUCUCUUAUUUGUUGUGGCACCCUACAUCUACAGGAGGCGUUGUACAUCAAACUUUAUUAAGACCAUUUGCUGCCAAGGCCCUCGCUACUCAGUGGAUAAUGACAGAGCGCAGGCUUGUGAAGCAGAGCACAAUGCCACCAAAGCUAAACCAACACGUCUGCGCUCGCUGGACACUUUCCGAGGGUUUGCCCUGACAGUGAUGGUUUUUGUGAACUACGGUGGAGGAGGCUACUGGUUCUUCCAGCAUGCACCAUGGAACGGUUUAACUGUGGCAGACCUUGUCAUGCCAUGGUUUGUCUUCAUCAUUGGGACGUCGGUGGUCUUGGCUUUCAGGUCCAUGCAGAGGAGAGGAGUUAACCGCCUCCAGCUGCUGCGCAAAAUCACCUGGAGAACAGUCGUCCUCCUGAUGCUUGGCUUCUGCUUCCUCAACUAUUCUCCAAGAGAUGGACCACUGUCCUGGUCCUGGCUGCGGAUCCCUGGAGUGCUUCAGCGUCUGGGCUUCACCUACUUUGCUCUGUCUCUCCUGCAGACUUUCUGGGGCCAGAAAGAAAUCCCUCUGAGAUCGUUUCACUGGUGGAACCCCGUCCAGGAUCUGGUCCUGUACUGGCCCCAGUGGCUGAUUAUCAUCCUGCUGGAGACUCUGUGGCUGUGCCUCACCUUCCUCAUGCCUGUGCCCAACUGCCCCACAGGGUAUUUGGGAGCUGGGGGAAUCGGAGAUAACGGUCUUUACCCAAACUGCACUGGAGGCGCAGCAGGAUACAUCGAUAGACUGAUGUUUGGUGAUAACAUGUACAGAUACCCCACAUGCAGAGAAAUGUAUCACACCACGCAGCCGUUUGACCCCGAGGGGGUUCUGGGUACAAUCAACUCCAUCGUCAUGGGAUUCCUGGGGAUGCAGGCUGGGAAAAUUAUCAUUUCCUACAAGGGGAUGAACGUCCACAUCCUCUGCCGGUUUCUGGCAUGGGCCGUCAUCCUGGGAAUCUCCGCAGCCAUCCUUUCUAAGUGCACACGAGACGGAGGAUUUAUACCUGUCAAUAAAAACCUUUGGUCUUUGUCUUAUGUGACAUGUAUGGGCUGUUUCUCCUUCCUGCUGCUGGGAGGCAUGUACUUUGUCACUGACAUUAAGGGCUGGUGGGGCGGACAGCCAUUCAUAUACCCAGGGAUGAACUCCAUCUUAGUGUACGUUGGCCACUCUCUCCUUGGUUUCUACUUCCCGUUCAGCUGGGAGAUGCACAUUCAGCAGAGCCACUGGGAGUGGCUUUUCCAAAGCCUGUGGGGAACUGCCCUGUGGGUGCUCAUCGCCUACCUGCUCUACAGGAAGAAAUUCUUCCUCAAAAUAUAAACAGGACGAUCAUGUGUCCCCCUCAUACUCUGUGGAUGUCAUUAUUAGUUCUAUUAAAAACAAACAAUAUUCAUGGUAAGGUAGAUCGAUUAUUUUAACAUCUGUGGGAGUUUUUAAAAACCCGGCCCACUCUCCUUGGCCUAAUCACGUCAGUUUACUUUUCGGUGAUGCACAUUCAACCCACGGACAUUUAAAUGAAUUAUACCGAUGCUAAUAUCCAAGUCAUCUGAUGAAUUAAGCAGCAAAGAAGAAGAAGCUUGAAGUUUUUAUCAAACACAAGCUGUAGCACAGAGGAAAGAAGUAUGAAAAGUAUGAAAAUGCUCACCCAUUAAAUCACCCUGCAGUUUCUACAGAAGAUGUCAGUGUGGGCAGAGUGAGGUUUUAUUUGAUGCCACUUGUUUUGUGCACUGAAUACACUGAUUAAAUCAAAUAUACUGAGGUGCUACUUAACAAAUUAGGCCGAGUGAUUCCACUACACACCACGCCAGCCAUUAUGAGUCUGUUGCCAUGGCCACUUCUUCUAUGUGUGUGGUGUGUGUGUGUGUGAGUACCAUCUGCUGUCCGAGUGACAGUACUUUAAUAGGGGUCAAGAUGCACAGCUCACAAAGGAGUGUCAUUAAUGGGACUGAAACCUCUUGCACUCAUUGUAUUAGAAAAUCAGGGAAAUUACACAAGUCUAAUUCAUCAGAGGACGACGACGACAACUUCAAAUUCAUCCUGAGCCCUCUACGCAUUUCACAUUUUAUUUAUUUAAUACAAAGCUACUUAAUUAUUGAAACAGUUUAUUCUCAGACUCUGAUUAUAAUAUUUCCAUGUGGUCGUUCUGGCAACAGCACUCCCCAAUGGCAGGGACCUCCCAACUCAGUGCAUUUAGGCUUGUAGACAUGGUUCAGAAAACCUGCUGAAGUCCAAACCGAGCAUCAGAAUGAGGAAGAAAGGUGGUCAAACUGGUUUCUUGAACAUGACAGUGAGUUCACUGUCCUCAAAUGGCCUCCACAGUCACCAGAUCUCAGUCCAGUAGAGCCCCUUUGGGAUGUUUGGGACCAAAAUCUCUGAUGGUUUUUGUGUAGGUGCUAGAAAAGGUUCAUGGUUGUGAGUCCUGUCUGUGUCAGACUUUUCGUGACCAAACUGGACAGUCAAAAACUGCUCAGGAAUGAGCCUCCAAACUCUGCAGAUCCCCAGAUGUAGGUCCCCCUUGUGCCGCCAAAACAGUCCUGACCCGUCAGGGUGUGGACACAGGACCUGUGGUGGUCAAAGUAACAUCUAGAUGAAUCCCAGGACCCAAGGUUUCCCAGCAGAAGGUUGUACUGUAACAAGAUGAUCUGUGUUAUUCACUUCAUCUGUCAGUGGUUGUAAUGUUAUGGCUGAUCAGCCCUGCACAGAUGAGAGUGCUCUCUCUUUAGAGUGAAGUCAUAUUGCCCUUAUUCCUCAGAAGCCGUAAGAACAUUGCGUAAUACACAUGGCGUAGCGGUUUUGGUAAUUGUCUUAUGCCUUCUGGAACAAGACUCAAGUCCAUUACUGCUUUCCUAAACUACUGUGCCAGCAAUGGAAAUGCUCAGAUGCUUCUUCAUGGGAUGGAAAUGAAAUCGAUACAGAUUCACCACAGAGAUCUAAAGAUAUCUUUUGUGUGUGCAUUUGCAUGCAAUGAUAAAGCUUUUCUACUUAAAUGUAAGCACCGAGCCGACUCACUCAGAGUGAGUUACAGUAACAAAAACCAUCAUAAAGUAGCUGUUAGCAAAGAUCAAAAGGGUCAGAAUAAGAGCGUCUAGACUGUGGAGGUGAUGAAUAUUCUGCUUUGAUUUCAGAUUGAGUUUCUGCUCAUCUCAUCCUGCAGUGUGCUGAACUUCUUGUCGCUCGUCAGAAAAAGCCCAGUGUGGUCCCUCAUACCACACUUCCUUGCCUUUAUUGAUUCUCACUGAGCAUAUGUCUCAGGAUACCUAUAGUCUGUCAUAUGGAAACUUUAUCCCAGAUGCAGUGUUCUCAUGCAGACCCGCUCGGCUUCUUAUAUUCACAUAAUGAUCUCCCUUGAUACGGCUAUCAGUGCUACAUUUAGUAAGCGAACAUUUGAGCACAGUAUCUGUUUAUCAGGUCAUUUAUUACAAAACGUAUUAACAUCAAACACAAAUAAAGACGUGAACAUGAUAUUUUGAAGCAAAUAACAACUC